AUGACCGUGAGGAGACUGUCGGGAGAAAUGUCUUAUCCCUGCGUAAAGGAGCAUAUGCCGCACGCCCCUCCAAUGGCCCUGCACGGCUUCUCCGUGGACAAGAGCGCAGCACACCACAAGGACGCGCUCCGCCUCGGACUGCCCUUCCACAUAGACGCCGCAUACCUGGACCACGCGCACGGCCACCGGUCACCUUACAGACGGUUAUCAUAUUUCCCCUUUCCCGUCCCGCUGGGUGUGUGUGAUUACUCCUUCGAGCCGGCAUUCAUCCGGAAAAGGAACGAACGGGAGCGACAUCGCGUGCGCUGCGUAAACGAAGGUUACGCGCGGCUCAGAGAGCACCUCCCGCAGGAGCUGGAGGACAAACGGCUCAGCAAAGUGGAGACACUGAGGGCGGCGGUCGAUUACAUCCAGCGGCUGCAGAGCCUGUUGGAUUUAAACAACGCGUCCGCGUUGGAGACGCCGCUCGGAGACGCGCGUCACCGCGCGCCGCUUCUGGAGAGGACAGACUUGCAGUAG